GUGGCAAUCUCCUGGAGGUGGCUGCGAAAAAAUGGCUGUUGCAUUAACCAGGAUGACGAGAUUGGUAAACCGCCGACGCGGUUUUCAGAUUCAAGUCAAGGACUCUCUUCAAAGUCAGUGGGCGUGCGUGGAUUGAAGCCAGUGAGUUCGGCCACACGUGUUCACUUGCCAUUGCCCGAGACUCCUCGAGGUGACUCCAAAAAGAAUGCUUCGGGUCGACCUUUGAACCGGAAGUCCAAAUCCGCAGGUAAUCUGAGUCAAAUGAGUGGAGGAGAAAGUGUUCAGAGUGGCCGCCUUUACAGACCGACUCCAACGACAAAUUUUCAGUCGGAUUCGUGA